AUGCGAUAUCUGUCAGCGCAACAAAACCGAAAACAUCCAUCCUACAGGAUUGUUACAGCCAUUACCUAUUCCGAAUCAAAACUGGACAGAGUGGCCAAGCUCUUCGUGGAUCAUAUUUUCAAACUGCAUGGCCUACCCAACUUAAUCGUCAGCACCAGAGACCCAGUGUUCACUAGCCUUUUCUGGCAGGAGCUCUUCCGAGCAACAGGCACAGAGCUGUUAAUGAGCUUCGCCUAUCACCCACAGACCGACGGCCAGACAGAGAUAAUGAAUAAAGGGUUGGAAGGGUAUCUGAGAAGCUUUGUCGGUGACCGCCCUCGUGAUUGGAUGCGCUGGAUUUCCUUGGCGAAAUGGGCUUACAACACCUCGGAACAUACAUCGACCAAACUCAGCUCCUUCGAAGCUGUUUAUGGUUACCCGUCACCUCGCUUGAUGCCCUUUGAACCGAGAACGACCAAAGUACAGGCAGUAGAAGAUGAAUUAAAAAGCAGAGAGUUCAUUCUCACCCUUAUCCGCGAGAACCUUCAAGACGCCCAAGCCCAGAUAAAGCAUUUCACCGAUCAAAACCGUACCUUCAGGGAGUUUGAAGUGGACGAUUGGGUAGUUAAGAGGAUCGGAACAGUAGCAUACAAACUUGAUCUACCUCCUUGUUCCAAAAUCUUUCCUAUUUUCCAUGUGUCUCAUCUCAAGAAGAAGCUGGGUGAUCAAAUUGUGCCUCUACCGGAACUCCCGACCCUUACGACCGAAGGAAGUUUGACUCCAGAACCCGUAGCUGUUCUUGAUCAACGCUUGAAGAAAAAGGGUAACAGAGCUGGUGCAGAGCUGGUCAUUCAAUGGAAGGGAACCACCGAACACGACGCCACCUGGGAGGAUAUGGACGACCUUCGAACAUCCUUUCCUGACCUUGUGGGCCGGUUAACCUGGGUUGGGUUAACUGGCAAAAAGCCGGAUGCUUUACGGAGAGAAUGCUUCUCCGUAGCAUUACUCUUUCUCUACAGCAUUUGGCAAUCAGCCCAAAGUCCGACACUCAUUUCCCGCUCUUAUUUAGGUGGCGAAAACAGAGCACAGAAUCGAAGCGAAGCGAAAGAGAUGUGUGGGAGGGCUCGUUGCACGCUCAGAGCAGAGGACAUUCCUAGGGCUUGCCACCGUAACGAUGGCCCCGUCCAUAUUGUUCACACGGACCGGUACCAUCCAUCCCACAAUGUUUCACCGGGACAUAAUUUGCCGGUUGUUUGUAGAGAAGACGAAUCUGAUGGUAAUGGUGUUGUUCUUCAUUGCAUGACAUGGGGACUGAUUCCCAGUUUCACGAAGAAAACUGAGAAGCCGGAUCACUACAAGAUGUUUAAUGCCCGAUCUGAGUCCAUACGUGAAAAGGCUUCUUUCCGUCGUUUAGUCCCUAAAAGUCGGUGCCUUGUGGCAUUAGAAGGAUUCUAUGAGUGGAAAAAAGAUGGGCCAAGAAAGCAGCCGUACUACAUCCAUUUUGAGGAUGGUCGGGCUCUUGUGUUUGCUGCUCUUUAUGAUUCACGGCAAAAUUCAGAAGGUGAGAUAAUCUACUCCUUUACUAUUCUUACUACUUCGUCUUCAGCUUUACAAUGGCUGCAUGACAGGAUGCCUGUUAUUUUGGGUGGUAAGGAAUCAACCGAUGCAUGGCUAAAUGGUUCUUCAUCGUCCAAGUUUGAUAAUGUGCUUAAGCCAUAUGAAGAUCCAGAUUUAGUUUGGUACCCUGUAACUCCUGCAAUGGGUAAGACAUCUUUUGAUGGACCGCAGUGCAUUAAAGAGAUACAACUGAAGGCUGAGGGAAACACUCCAAUCUCUACGUUUUUCUCAACAAAGAGAACUAAAAGAGAACAAGAAUCAAACUUAGAGGCGAACAACUCUUAUGCUGAAUCUUUGAAGACCGAUGCAUCAAAAAGCUUGAAAAAAGAGCCUAAUACUGAGGACAACACGCCAAUGUUAUCCUUUACUGAAGGAGGCCAAGACUCAAAAUCUACUAUUACACAAUCUCAAGACAGUACAGCUAAGUGCCAAAUGAAGUGUGACUAUGGGGAGUUUCAAGCUGAUUCAGAGCCAAUAACUGAUGAAACUAUCAAGCUGUGCUCAACUCCAGCAAGGAAGAAGAGGAACCUGAAGAGUGCUAGUGAUAAACAACCCACCCUGUUCUCCUACUUUGGGAAAAGCUAGUGGUUUUGUGCCUCUAGGUUCCCUGUGCAUAUGCUGGAACAUGUACAUAAGUGUAAUGGAUUUUGUUCUACUUUUGGAAGAUAGAGAUGGCAAUUUUCAUAAAAUCUAUCAGUCUAUGUUAAAUCUUAAAUUUCCAGUGGCCUUUUCUUUCUAAUUUGGCUGUCCUGCUUUCAUUAGGCGCUUUGUAUGCAGAUGAUUGAUUUUACCUAAAACAAAGAUUAAGAUCUUUUGAAAAAGAAGUAACUCAAUUCAUUUCCAGCCUGGGGAUUUGUGUAAGAAACUCAUUUGGAUUGAUGGUCCCAUCCACAGGAAUGACUGCCCAAAUGCAAAGACGAGAAAUGUAAUUGUAUGGUAAGUGAUGGAAAAGUCCUUCAUAUUAUUAUCAUCCAAGAAGACAAGCAUGGAUGUUUAAUAUUUUUUUUUUAGUUGAAAAAGGCAAGGUGUUGGAGGGAUAAAUAUUGAUGUUUACAGCAUACCCAAAAGGCCAAAGGUUAGGCUACUGGAAUGCUUGCAAAAACUGCCGAGCCAAAUUUGGCCAAUGGAGUGAUUGAAUAACUCUUUGCUUGCAAAGCUUGGGUGGAAGAUGACUUCUAAUCAUCCCCUUCUUUGGGUAAAUUCUCUGAGAGGCAAAUAUCUCAAGAAUGAUGUGUCUUUUUUAAAUGCCUCUCCUAAUCCUCUCUUCUUGGAUUUGGGAGGGGUUGUUAAAGAAUGGAAUGGUGGUUGAAAAGGGUGCUUGUAUUUCUAUUUCAAGUGGUUUGAAUUUGGAUAUUUGGAACUCGCCUCGGAUCCCUUUGAUGCCUAAUUUUAGGCCUAUUCCCAAUGUCAAUCAGGUGGACCUUCCAAUUUUUUCGGUGGCUGCUCAUGCUUCCGGGUGAGUAGAUUUGGAAUAUUCAUCUGUUGCAAGAUCUAUUUGAUUCCUCUACUGUUCAAAACAUUCUUAGCAUCCACUUGCCCCAUUGCUCCUCUUUUGAUAAAUGGUUUUGGGUUCUUUCUCCCUUGGGGCUCAUUUUUAUUGAAGUCAACUCAUGAGCUCGCUCUUUCUUUGGGUGGCAGGCCAUCCCGUUUCUCAUGAGAAGAUUGGUUUUCCCUUUGAGGUCUUAAAAUUCAAGCCAGGUUGAAGCACUUAUUAUGGAAGGUAGCUUGGGAUAUUCUACCUUCUAGGGCUAAGAUUGGCCGUUUUGUGGGUUUGGAUAAUCCAGAGGCUUGGGUUUACCCUUUAUGCAAAAGGCCUUCGGAAACUCUUUCUUAUAUCUUCUUUUUUUGUCUUCUAGCGAGAAUUCUUUAGAGAUCUUCUCAUUGGCCUCUAUCGCUCGGCGUUUUUUCCUCUCGUCGCAUCUUAGAUUGGAUUUUGGCUAUCCUCUCUCCUGUGACUACUCUUGGUAUCCCUGACUGAGGUAAGAAAAUUUCAACUUUUUGCAACGGAUUUCAU